AUGAACAUGUGUCGAACUGACUUGCGGAGAGUGUACAGUGUACAGCUGCAGUCAAUGGAAGCAAAUGGUCACAUCUACUUCCCCUCUCCUACGGACUGGAGAGCGCUGUCUAUUUACCAAUUGGUAACCGACCGCUUCGCCGAUGGGGACCCUAGGAACAAUGAAGCCUUCAAAGGUGGCUUCGAUGUCCGAGAUAUGACCUUCAGGCACGGAGGCGACUUCCUUGGACUUCGCUCCAAGCUGGACUACAUCAAAGGCCUCGGCUGCCAGGCCAUCUGGAUUUCUCCUGUUUUCCAGAAUGGGUACAACUACUACCACCAGUAUGCUCAGCAGGACUUUACCCUGCUAGAUCAACGUCUCGGCACCCUCGAGGAGUUGAGGGCCUUGACGCAAGCAGCCCACGAUCGGGGCAUGUACGUGCUGAUUGACGUAGUCAUGAACCACAUGGGCAAUGAGUUCUUCUUCGAGGGUCAUCAGACCGACACGGCUCCCUUCCGAUUCCACGAAAACCAUGGUCUCCGGGAGUACAGGCUAAUCACGCGCCGUGCCGCGAGCGAGCUCUACGACACUCCGGCUGGAAAACAGCCCUACAUGGACUUCUACUUCAACAACACUUGGGUUGCAGAGGCGAAGUAUGCCAGCCCGUUCUACGGACAAUACGGCGAAGCCGCGUGGGAUCAGGGCCAAGGGACUUAUGACGGAUCGGACUUCCACCACAAUGGUGACCUGCAGAACUAUGCAGACCCCUGGGAAAUUAAUGUUGCCAAGAUCUAUGGUACCAUGGACGACUUGAGGCUGGAGCACAGCCGCGUUCAGGACAAGUACAUUGCUAUGACGCAAGCCCUCAUCCAAAGUGCCGACGUGGAUGGCUUCCGAGUAGAUACUCCGAUGCAGGUCCCCCUGCCUUUCUACAAGCGCUGGGCGCCAGAGAUCCGAAGCUUCGCGAAAUCGCUGGGGAAGGAUCGCUUCGGGCUCUUUGGGGAGUUCUACGUCACCACGGAGAGGUAUGCCACCAUGACAGGCCGCGGGAAGGACAACGGUAUGUACGGCCAAGACCGCUUCAUAGCUGGCGAAGCCACACUGAAAGGCGGUAUCGUGUAUCCGUACUACUGGUACACCUUUACAGCUUUGGUGUACCGGAGGCCGCAGUAUGCAGAUGGUUUUGCGUUGGCUUACGAGCAGGAGAACCGGAUGAUCGAUACUUUCGAUCCAACCACCAAUCGCUCGGAGUACGCGCAGUGGAUUUUCUGCAACAAUCACGACAACUGGCGUCUCCAAACUCUUACGGGGAAGAACCAGCUGCUCAUGUGUCUGGCUAUCAUCACCUUCUGGCCAGGGCUGCCGCUUCACUAUGCGGGAGACGAGCAGGACCUUGGUACGCCAGGGAGCGCUCUGGACGGCUGGGCACGAGAGGAGCUGAGUCCCUCCAUCGCGUGGAGUGCAGUCAGAACGACAUCGCAAGGGAACCCAGCAGAUCGCGACAACUUCGACAUGACGUCUGCCACCUAUCGGCACAUCGCACGCCUCAACGCGCUGCGCAGGGCGUACUUCGCCGGUUUCGGGAGUGCCACCUGCGAUCAAGUCGGGACACCGCUGCCUCAAAUCGAGGACCUCCUCAUUUUCUGGCGUGGAUGCGAUAUCCAAGGCCGUGUAACGGUCGUUGCCAACUUUCAUACGGAGGAGCCACGAACGGCAAGUUUCUAUUCUCCCUGGGACGAGGGCACGAAGCUCAAGGACGCGCAAGAAGACUCCAGCGUGGAGGUUGUGGUGCAGAGCGGUGGCCUAAUCUCGCUCUUGGUAGCUCCGCUGCAAGCCAUGAUCUUGGUGCCCGAUGCUGUGCGUCCCGUCCCUCCGACGGUUGUGGAGGUGUUCCCCAAGCACGCUGCGGAGCUGGCCGUUGACCAGAGCUCCAGUGAGAAGCUCAGGGUCAGCGUCCGUUUCGACCGGCCCAUGGAUCCCUUCGUCGCUUCGGUGGUCACGUUGGAUGGCCGGCCGGGUCUCUUCAGUUGUGCGGAUGCGAGCUGCCAGGCUGCGUUUUUGGAGCUGGAUGGCGUGGCUGCACUUGCGGAUGGCUUCCACGAAGUGGCCGUGCCGUCCGGUGUGAAGGCCGCAGAUGGCCAGGAGCUCUUUGCAACCUUCCGUUCCAGCUUCUUAGUGCACCGUGGGCGUGAUGUGAUUGCAGACCCGCAGAUGCACGAGCAGCCGGGGCUAGUUUGCAUGGACUUUGGGCAUCUUUGCCAUGAGGCAUCGGGGGCCAAAUGGAUGAGGAUGCAGAACGUGCGGCAGCAUAGCAAGUGGUCUGAGUGGGUUCCAUAUCAGAAUGUGAGCGACUGGCCGGUCUACCCGGGAAUUCCCGUCCUGGUACAGUACCAUGCUGGAUCCAGUAGCAGCUACAUCGUUGGCGACUGUGUUCUGGCAGAUGGGAUGCGCUGCCAUGCCAGCUGGCACGACGAGAUGUUCUUGCGUGGGGACUUCAAUGGGUGGGGUGACAUCCAGGAUGGUCGCAUGCAGCGGGUCGGCCAUUUUACAUGGGCAGCAAACAUCACGCUCUCGCGGUUCUCCCGGGCCAAGUUUGCACCGCAGAAGGGCUGGUCGAAGUCGUACGGGGUCCAUCCAAGGCGGCCGCUUCUCUAUGCGCUGCCGACCUUCGAUCCCAGGUUCACCAACUUCCAGUAUGACCCGCUGCUGUCAGGCUUGGAGCGUCUUGCACGGGACGAAGACAUAACGCCCGCUGAUGGAUGUGAAGCUCUGCCCUCUGCCUGUGGUGUCCAGACCGAACAGACUAUUUCAGGAACAGAUGCCACCCGAAAGUGGAAGGACUUCUGGUCAGCGGAGGAGUCGAUGGCGUCCGGCGCAGAGUUUGCCAGCGAGCUAUGGAUCGGAUAUCAGUGCACGGCGGAAGAACCGAAGUGUCCCGUACCAUCACAGGACUCGAACAAGUGGAGGUGCUACGGGUUCUCCAGUUCGCAGGACUUGAAUUGGUGCAGAAGUGUUGGCACCGACGACUGUUGGGAGUAUGCGGAGAAUGAUUGGUCUUCCUCGAUGUCCGACUGCUCUGGAUGUUCGUGUUGUCGCCGGGCGGCCUCUCCGAACCUGGAAGGGCCCAGGUCCACGUGCUGCGUCUUGUUCAACGACUUGACGUUAAACUACACCGUCACCUCCGACCUCACCCGCUGCGCAACGGCGGCGGUGAUGCAGCUUCCGGAAGCCGAGCGCAUCAAGGAUGUGGCGAGGCCAAGCGUCAACCAGCCCUCGACUCAGAUGUAG